ACAAAGGGAGAAGACACGGCUUGGGAGCUCGGGCUAGCUAGCUGUACACACACAAACAAACCACACUCACUGCCUGCAAGGGAGCAGCUCAUCAGCUCAGACCUUGCAGCAGCUUGCAAAAGGCCUAUAUAUAUUCACGCACCCUUCUUCCAGCUCCAGCUACCUACCAUUCAAAGCUCAUCGCAACCACCUAGCUCCUGGCACGUUGUGAGUGUGAGUGGCCAUUUCAAGAACAGGAUAAGCUGUUCGUUUCAUCCUUGGAGGGAUCGGAGAGGCCGGCCUUGUUGACAUCAGGUGAUAGGAUUCGAUCACAGAGCUCGAUUCAGAGGGGUUUCUGUUUCAGACCAUGGGAGGCACCCUGGAGUACUUGUCCGACCUGCUCGGUGGCGGCGGCGGCAGCCGGCGGCGGUACAAGAAGAGGAAGCAGUUCCAGACGGUGGAGCUGAGGGUGCGCAUGGACUGCGACGGCUGCGAGAUGAAAGUCAGGAACGCCCUCUCCAGCAUGAAAGGGGUGCAGUCGGUGGAGAUCAACCGGAAGCAGUACAAGGUGACGGUGCAGGGGUACGUGGAGCCGCACAAGGUGGUGAAGCGCGUGCAGGCCACGGGGAAGAAGGCCGAGAUCUGGCCGUACGUGCCCUACAGCCACGUGGCCCACCCCUACGCCGCGCCGGCCUACGAUAAGAAGGCGCCGCCGGGGUACGUGCGCCGGGUCGACGCCGUCAUGCCCGUCUCCAGCUACGGCGGCCCCACGGCGGCCGGGCCGCAGGAGGAGCGGCUCGUCACCAUGUUCAGCGACGACAACCCCAACGCCUGCUCCAUCAUGUGAUCAUCAGAUCAGCUUUUGUACUAGGAAACUGUGGAUGUGAAAAGUAAUGCGCGCUGCGAUGAUGUUCGUGUUCGUGGUGUGGUGACACACUAUAAUUGUUUGUGUAAAUUAAUAUAUAGAAGAAGUUUGAGAAGAAAAAUCCCAAGGUUGGAUCGUCUCUUUCCUGCA